CCUGCGGCUCCCUGCGGCCGGAGGAGCAGACGGUAAUAAAGAAUGCUGAUGGAAGAACAGUUAUUCUAAUUUCCACAUUGUCAAGCUGGUUGUCAUGAUGGAUGAUCAGCAAGCAUUGAACUCAAUCAUGCAAGAUUUGGCUGUCCUUCAUAAGGCCAGUCGACCAGCAUUAUCCUUACAGGAAAGUAGAAAAACAAAAUCUUCAUCACCAAAAAAGCAGAAUGAUGUCCGAGUCAAAUUUGAACAUAGAGGAGAAAAAAGAAUCCUUCAGUUCCCCAGACCAGUUAAGCUAGAAGAUCUGAGGUCUAAGGCUAAAAUUGCAUUUGGACAGUCCAUGGAUCUACAUUAUACCAACAAUGAGUUGGUAAUUCCAUUAACUACCCAAGAUGACUUGGACAAAGCUGUGGAGCUGCUAGAUCGCAGUAUUCAUAUGAAGAGCCUCAAGAUACUACUUGUAAUUAAUGGAAGUACACAGGCUAUAAAUUCAGAACCAUUGCCAUCACUAGAAGAUUUGGAUAAUACAGUACUUGGAGCAGAGAAGAAGAAACGGCUUUCUCUAAUUGGUUCCACUAGUAGAGAUAGAAGUUCCCCUCCCCCAGGAUACAUUCCAGAUGAAUUACACCAGGUUGCCCGGAAUGGGUCAUUCACUAGCAUCAACAGUGAAGGAGAGUUCAUUCCAGAGAGCAUGGACCAAAUGCUGGAUCCAUUAUCUUUAAGCAGCCCUGAAAAUUCUGGCUCAGGAAGUUGUCCAUCACUUGAUAGUCCUUUGGAUGGAGAGAGCUAUCCAAAAUCACGAAUGCCUAGGGCACAGAGCUACCCAGAUAAUCAUCAGGAGUUUUCAGACUAUGAUAACCCUAUCUUUGAGAAAUUUGGAAAAGGAGGAACAUAUCCAAGAAGGUAUCAUGUUUCAUAUCAUCAUCAAGAGUAUAAUGAUGGUCGUAAAACCUUUCCAAGAGCUAGAAGGACCCAGGGCACCACCUUCCGGUCUCCUGUGAGUUUCAGUCCUACUGAUCACUCCUUAAGCACUAGUAGUGGCAGCAGUAUCUUUACCCCAGAGUAUGAUGACAGUCGAAUAAGAAGAAGGGGAAGUGACAUAGACAAUCCUACUUUGACUGUAAUGGACAUCAGCCCACCUAGCCGUUCACCUCGAGCUCCAACCAACUGGAGAUUGGGAAAACUGCUUGGUCAAGGAGCCUUUGGCAGGGUCUAUCUCUGUUAUGAUGUUGAUACAGGAAGAGAAUUGGCUGUUAAGCAAGUUCAGUUUGACCCUGAUAGCCCUGAAACCAGCAAGGAAGUAAAUGCACUUGAGUGUGAAAUUCAGUUGUUGAAAAACUUGCUGCAUGAGCGAAUUGUUCAGUAUUAUGGUUGUCUGAGGGAUCCCCAGGAAAAAACACUUUCCAUCUUUAUGGAAUAUAUGCCAGGGGGUUCAAUUAAGGACCAAUUAAAGGCAUAUGGCGCUCUUACUGAGAAUGUGACUAGAAAAUAUACCCGUCAGAUUCUAGAGGGUGUUUAUUAUUUGCACAGUAAUAUGAUUGUCCAUAGAGAUAUCAAAGGCGCAAAUAUCCUGCGAGAUUCAACAGGCAAUGUCAAACUAGGAGAUUUUGGGGCCAGCAAACGACUUCAGACCAUCUGUCUCUCAGGCACAGGAAUGAAGUCUGUCACAGGCACUCCAUACUGGAUGAGCCCUGAAGUCAUCAGUGGAGAAGGCUAUGGCAGAAAAGCUGAUAUCUGGAGUGUAGCAUGUACUGUGGUAGAAAUGCUAACUGAAAAGCCACCUUGGGCUGAAUUUGAAGCAAUGGCUGCCAUCUUUAAGAUUGCCACUCAGCCAACAAACCCAAAGUUGCCACCUCAUGUCUCAGACUAUACUCGAGACUUCCUCAAAAGGAUUUUUGUAGAGGCCAAACUGAGACCAUCAGCUGAUGAACUUCUGCGGCACAUGUUUGUGCAUUAUCACUAGCAACCAGCCUGCUGUGCCUGUACCCAGUUCCCAUCCUGUUUGUUCACCUUCUCUCUGACUGCACUUUUCUUUCAUUAAAAAAAAGAGAGAGAGAUGGGGGGGAGGGAAGACAAGAGGGAAAGUAUUUCUCUUGAUUAUUGGUUAAAUUUGUUUAAUAAUAAUAGUAAUCUAAAUUUUAUAUUUAAUCUUUUUUCUCCUUAGAAGAACUUGAAGCUUUUAAUUUUUAUAAUGUACUGAUGUGGUUCAAAAAGACAAAGCACUUUAGUACAUAUUCACUCUUUUUAGAAUAAACAAAUCAUUUGGAGUAUAUAGUUGGUAGUCUUUCCAUGCAUCACUUAUUCUAUUGGUGGUGACAAGGAGAAAUGGUCAACAAGGAUAAGAAAAUAAUGUACAAUUUGUAGUUUUUAGUGAUAAUUUAAAGUAGAUCCUCAUUUGUAGGUUUGAACCCUAAAUUUGAGUUAGGGUAGGUACUCAACUUAAAGAAUACAGGUUUUUUUCUUACAUCUGUAUUCUUUAGAUCCUAACCUCUGUCUACCAAGCUUUUUGCUCAGUAGGAAUCUUGAUAGAAGAUAUGAAUCUCUAAGAAGUAUGUUAAUUUGUCAACCAGUAUAAUAAGCAAAUACACUAUAAUAGAUCCAUGUUACUGGAAUCUUUAGACUUUGAGGGCUAGCUUUCUGCUAAAAAAUACCAAGACAAUAAUACUUUAUUUGUAAACAGAUAGGGGAAGUCAUUGAGUAUAACCAACUAAAAGAUUGUUUUCAUUAAAUAUAUGAACAGUUACCACAUUUGCCAAGUAAAUAGAAAUGAUAAAUGACAGAACCAAGUAUUUAGUAUAUGUUAAACUAUGUUCUUGAGGGGAAGUCCCAAAAUUAAGGAAUUGAGAAAUAAUAAAAAUCAUGUAUAUGGUCUUCUUAUUUCCAGUCACUGAUUUCCUGUAGGUAAUGGUCUUUAGAAACUAAAAGUUCAGCCUUAAGUAUCCUUAUGUUAAAACCAGUGUCUUGAGAUAAAACCUUUGUUCUCAGGAUCAGAGAAUACUGAAAUGUGUCAGAAAAACAGUAAAGCACCGAGGGUGUCAGUGGCUUGGGGUAAUUUUACUUCCUUUGUUAUUUGGCAAUACCUGGAGCCAUUUUUUGUGUGUCACAAUUGAGAAGAUACUACUGGCAUCUAGUGGUAGAGGCCAGGAUGCUGCUAAAGUAGAUGCCAUUAUACGCAGGAUAGCAUCCCCAAAUUCUUCUGCCCCAAAUGUCAAAAGUGCCUAGACUGAGAAAUCCUGAUAUAGAUGCAAGUCCACGUUAUAAAUUGAAAUCAGGUAUUUGCAGAAAUGCAAAUAUCAGAGAGAAAUAUGUACAAUAAAAUGAGGGUUCAUAAGAAGAAAUACCACUACUUUAAGUUAGGGGUGAAAGAUCUCAGCAAAUAGAAUUCACUUCCUUACUUACUAUAGAUUAUACCGAAAUCAGCUCUUCCAUUCUAGAAACAAAAUGAGUUUGAAUAUCAAGCCUUUAAAAAAGCUCAGUAUCUGCGUAUAUUCUUUCCUUAAAAGUCUAUUCAUAAUUAUGGGCAAAAAAAAGCGCCUAUCAAAACAAAUUGUUUACUACCAGCAAGAAGGUUAAUACACUGCUGGGUACUUGCAGUAUAAAGUAUGCACUGAGGACAAGGAUAUUAAAUGGAAAGAGACAGCUGGGAAAGAUCCCAUGAUCUCUAAUGAAAUUGUGCUGCUACAAAAGAUGAGGAUAAGUUACUUGGCCAUUUGAAGAUUUUUCAGCAUAUUAAAGCAAAUGCUAAGUACUUCAUUUUUAAAGGUCUAGAAAUAAUCAUCUUCCCAGAGGAUUUCAAUAUGAUGCCUUUCAUGGAUCCCUAAGAAAACUGAGGUGUUCUUUCUGCCACAAGGUAUGCUUAUUUAUCAAUUCUUUGAAGUUAGGCAGAUCUUGGUUUAAUUCAUCAAGUUCCUUCCUAACUGUCAUUUCCCUGCAAGAAUAUUUGAAAUUCCAUUAACUGGUCUGAAAGUCAAAGCACAAAAUUAACACUUACACUCUGAAAAAUCAAAGGAAGUAGCUUGCAAAAAAAAAAAAAAAAAGAAUUAGGUGCCUCUAACCUUGGUAAAUAAGCUAGCUGCCUAAUCUUAGCUAGAAAUAUGGUCUCCACACGUGUCGAUUUAUUACAGUUUUCUCAUCUUUGAUUAAUGAUGACAUCUUUUGUACUUGAGGAAGAUCAUGGUAUCUGGACCAGUGGAUUUUUCCUUCAUUUCUUUGUAUUAUGUGGUUUUGAUUCCCUUUGGCUCAUUUUUGGUCAGGAUAAACAGCAGUACAGAAUCUGAGACAAAUGUUCUUCAAAGAGAAAUCUGGGAAACUCAGAGCAGAAUUGUUGGCUUUUUUUCAGUCUCCUUUUUCUAAAUGCUAUAGAAAAUGAUGGCACCUGAAAAAAAACUAACACUGUUACAAAAUACCUUUGCUUUAUAAGAAAAUUGUUAGCUAUGGGAAAAUAAUGUUCUUUAUGUAAAGACUUAAAAUAGACUAAUAGUUUACAGGCAUAUUAUAUAGAAUAUGAUGUGAAUUUAUUUCAGACAACUUAUAAAGGUACCAAAAACUACAAUGAAAGUACAUAUAUAUAUAUAUAUAUAUGUAUAUAUAUAUAUAUAUAUAAAACUCCUGGAACAGAAAAACUUGAAAUUGUGGUAGGGAGAGUAAAAGACCAAAAGUACAUUUUAAAAAGAGACUUUAGAAAAACUGUUAUCAGAAGAAAUUAAAUAUUACACUCCAUUGUUUUCUUCUUUCUAAUAAUGGUAUGUAUCGACAAAACUAAAUUUGAACUUUGAAAGUAACUUUAAAUGUAUUUUGUUUUUUUUUUAAAUGUAAAACUGAUUCUUCUAUACUGUAAUGUUUCUUUGCAAAGGCUGGAAAAUGGCCAGACUGCUGACUUUGUGCCUUUCAAAUGCAUUCUGCUUUGACAGUAGCAGAUGUUUUGGUGCUGGAGAAGAUUCACUAGCAGUCUUCUAUGUGCUUUUCAGGAAAUACCUUCCUACUUAGGCCUUGAGCGAUUCAGGCACAUGACUUAGGAUUGGACCAAAUAUAAGAUCUGUCUCAUUGCAAAAAAAGUGAGUUGAAUGAAAUGACUAAAAAUAUUACAAUGACAGAUGGAAAUUUUGAUGAGUUAGUAAUUCCUUAAAAUAUAUUUAAAGGUUUGAGGUUAGAGGUGUGGCUCAGUUGGUAGAGUGCUACCCAGUGAAUGAAAACAUCAAGUACAGAAUUCAAAUCCUGGUCUCAGCCCUAAAAAAAAUAUAUAUAUAUAUUUAAAGGUACACUGAGACUACCAGGGGGAAAAAAGGUACACUGACUUUGAAAUUUUCAGAGUGAACUGACUUGAAGUUUUUCAGCAUUUUUUGCUUAUUUACAAACAUCUCUAGCUUAAAAAAUGACUAAAACUAUUGCCUUAGGAAGUUUUAAAAGGCACCCUUACAUAAUGUGUUUGAGAUUGACUAUUAAUGCAAAUGCUGAAAUAUAAUAGAGAAACUGAAACUUGGAUAUCAGAUAAAUUGAAUUGGUUUUUAUUUGAGACUUAUUAUUACUAAUACAGACCACAUAAAAAAAGGUGAAAGUGCUUCUUGAGAGUAGCAUUCUGCUACUAUAUUCUGACACAGGGCAGGUCUGAGGUAUUCCAGAGAUGGAGUUAUUAGAUGUUUAUAAUAUACUUUGCAUAUUAUAAAAUUUGUAAAAUCACUAAGAACAUAAAAUCAAAUCAAAUCUGAAUAGUUCUUCAGGAUACCCAAGCCAGAUGCAGACUCUUUGGCCAUGGCAGGGUUUUGUGCCAACAAUUUCAUUUGAGUUUUAGGAACCAGUAGCUCAAUUUAAAAUCCUCUGGUGCCAAUCAACUAUAUAAAUUUAUUCAUCUUUUUUAAAAGUGUGAAUCAUUUUCAUUUCCUUAUACAGUAAUUGCAGCUUGCAACAUUAGAUGGUAUAUUAACAUCUUUAAGAGGUCACAGUUUAGGAGGAGGAACAUGGGCAAAUGGAGUUAUUUUAAAGUAUACCCUCAGAGUUCAGCACUGAUAUUUAAAAGAAUUAGAGAUUUUUUUGAAGUAAGAAAGCAGUUUGGAGUAAUCAUUGGCUGUUAUACACUGAAAAGUCAUUAAUAACAGAGAUUAGAAGUAUCCCCAGGUUGGAGGGGACCCCCCCCCCACUACAGAUCAGAUGACCUGUCUCUCAGGAUCCUAUCUUACCAUAAAAUGCAGCCUCUGCUCAAAAAGUCCCAGAGAUAGGAAGCAUCUAUCCAUAACACAGUGUUACUUUUUUUCUUUUGAAGAAAAAUGUUUUCUUUUGGUUUAAAGUAUAGAAAUAUAUUUGAUUGAAACUGAACUCUACAGACCAUAUUGUUUUUUAUCAUUAAGCUUGGCAUUUGUUAAACUGUAAUGUUCAUAUUCACUUGAAUUUUAAGAUUGGUUAAAUGUUAAUGGAAAGCAGUUUGUUAAUUUUUAGUAGUGCCUUUUUCUCUGUAUGCCUUAAUUUUAUUUUAUAUUACUAAAUCAAGUUACCCAACAAAAUGAAGAUUUUUCCAAAAUCAGUAGACUUCAAGAGGUCAUUUGGCCUUAGACUAUGUAUUGGUCCUUAAUGCCUGCUUACUUCCUCCUACCCUUUUCUACCUCCUUUUUUUUUUAAGUGUUAGGAGGGAAACAUUAGCAGUUGUCUGUGAUAGUCUGUAGUUUCUACUAGACAUAAAUCCCUAAAGUAAGCAUAGAAAGAGGUAUUCUCAUUCUAAAGAGAUAAGUUAUUUUCUGGAUUGAUGACUUGAUUUUUUAUUGGCAUUGUCCAAGGUCUUUGUAAUAUUGUGGUUCAGUUGUGAUUUCAAUAGCCCAGCUGAAGUGGUGAUUUUUGCCCUAAAUUGGUCAUGUAAAUUAUUUACAGCUGAUGAGGCAAUGAUGUAGGGCUGUAAGCAGGAAAUCCGGAGAUAGCUAAUUCAAAUCCUUAGAAUUAUUAAAAUUUUAAUCCUUAACAUUUUGGCUAAUGCUGUAGCUUACUCUUCUAUAAAGUGAGUGAGUGUGUGUGUGUGUGUGUGUGUGUGUGUGUGUGUGUGUUGGUAUUUGGGGUAGGUGUGGGUAAGAACAAAAGGAAGAAAAGUUUGGAUGUUCAAUUAGAUCAGUCUCUGUUCUUGGAAGAACAGCUCAAAAAUGUAUGACCUACUGACAAUAGGAUGAAAGUAAUCAUUCUUAAGUCGGUUUUCCAUAAUUAGCUAGUACAAAUGAUUAUCUAAUAAAGGUAUUUAUUAUAAAUUGCCAAGUUCUUGGUUGUUAAAAAUAGACUAAAGCUCAAUUUGUGUGUUUAUGUGUAGAAUAAUGAGCUUUCAUGUACUAAAUAGAAAGUAACUGAUCUUAGGUAGUUCUUUAUAAACUUUUUGGAAUAGUAUUUCUGUCAGAUAUCUGGACAAGUUUUCUUAGCUUACUAAGUAUUCGGAAAGAAAUUAUCUUAUAUGUCUUCUUUGGUUGGCUAGCAAAGGUGUGCUGUGGAGCCCUCUUUCUUCAUAGCUGUCUUUGGCAUUGCUUUGACUUCUGCCAUGGUCUGGACUAGAUGCCCUAAUAGGUUUGGGAAGUAUGAGGCUAGGUAUCUUUCUCUUCUCACCUUUCAGAGCUGUAGAUGGUAACGGAGCUCUUGAGAGCCCAGAAAUGUCUUUUCUCAGAGAUAGUAAGGGUGAUCAGGGUUGGACUUCAGGAAAGUGAGGGAAGAAUCAUACUUGUAAUAAGGAAGAUAAAUAAAUUGUCUGUAAUCUCUAUACAGUCACAUAUAUAAUUCUUCAUGUUUUUUGUACAUUUUAAUUGUCAAGUUAUAUGGUAUUUUUGUUAAUAACAUCAAAAGAAUUAAACCACUGACUCCUUUCAGUCAGUCCCUCUGCCUGAUGACGUCUUAAUUGCAUCAUAAUCUGUAUUAUCAGAAUCACUUUAAACCAAAGCUUUUAUAUUCCCUGCACACAUAGCCAAAAUGAGUUCCCUGUUACAUCUGCCCACUUGUGAGCUAAUAGAUAACAAAUGACAAAACAGGUACUAGUAGAAUUUGUCUCCCAGUCUUUCCUUCAAGGAGAGGACAGGUGCUCAGUGUUUGCAUUUAGACAUGCAGAAUUUACUCCAACAAUUUAGGAGCUUUAUAGACUACAAACUUUAGCGUGUACGCGUGCCAAUCUUGUUAGCGUCACUUCACCAUAGAUGCAUGUAGAUAUGUAUUGUCUGAUGCCUCAGAUUGGUGGCGUGUUUUCUUCCUAGUGUCUUAACAUUUAUGAGCUUGUGUUUGUUUGACUUGAGGGGCAUUUCAGCAGUUCUGUGAAAAAAAGUUAUGGACUGAUGUCUGCUUUGUGCCAUAGAUAUUCAGAGCAUAGGGAAGUUUCUGCUCUUUAAUGUAUGCGUAGAAUUUGUCUUUAGUUAAGAAUUUCUGAACCUCCUAAUGCCAGUUGAGAAAGUUUAUGAUUAUCCUGUAAAGCACUUUUGUGUUGACUUAUUUAUAUUUUUUUAGAACUUUGUUUUUAAAACCAAAUGUAACUAGUGAUAAUUUUAGCAUUAGCAUUACAUGGAGGGAAGAGAUGAGUAGUUACAUCUUAAACUCUUCUAGAUACUUAGACUCUAAAAGGGAUUUAUAUGUUCUCAUUUUUCCAAAGACUUCUACCUAGAAUAAGGAGAAAAGGACUUAGUGGAAACAUUUGAGCUGGGAUGGCUAGGGUCAGAAGAAGGUGGGCCAAACCCUUGCAGUAUACCCUUUUCAAUUAAAAAAGUACAGUAUCUAGGGAUAAGAGGACUUAUUUAAACACAAUAAAUUGUUUUAAUACAAUUUUAAGUAAAAGGUUUACAUUUUUUUCUAUCACUGUUCGUUUUAAAAUUUGCUACCCUGCAUUCUGAAAUAUUAUAUAAGAGUUACUACCAAAAAUACUUUUGAUGUGUGACAUCUCUUACAUUUCACAUGGUUCUUUUUAUUCACUGUAAAUAAAAGUAAAUGGAUAAAUUUAAAAUAAACUUAAUUGUUGCAUAUUAUGAGUAUCAAUUUGUAAAUUUACCCUUUGACUUAAUGUACAUUUUUUAAAUGUAGCCAUUAAAUUCUCUAUAUUUAACCUAUUGGUUUCUCUCAGUAAAUGUUUUUAAUCUCAGUUAAAUGGGCAGUUUGUAAUUAUGUACAAAGAUUUUGUUUCCUAUCAAGGUUGACUUUUUGCACAUUUUUAGAAGUGUUUUAUUUGUACACUGAUUUAUACUCUGACCAAUAAUUGUUGAGUGUAUGAGCUCAUGAAUGGGUGCAUUGAACUACUGUCUGUGUCUCUUAAGUUUGAAUUUUCAAGAUAUGUCCAUCAGUUACUGCACUGCCAUAACUGACUCUUGCUUUUACAGAGUAUACCUACCUGUCUGUGGUUCUAUCUUUGUUAGAGAACUCAGGAGUUCAACAUUACUUUCUUUCUUUCUUUUUUUUUUAACUGUAUUCUAAAAUCCAUUACUAAGUUGAAAGUAUUCUUUGUAUCUCUGUAUCAGGGGAUGUGUGUUUGUGUGAAGAUGUCUUUUUAUGUCUGUAUGUAGAUGUAUAUAUCCCAAAAAAAUUCUUACCUUCAUUUCAUUUCUACAUUUUUAUGAACUUGUUUUAUAAGGGUACUAUUUAGUUAGGAUAAUUACGUAUAUAUAAAGGUUUUCUGAGAGAUGAUUUACUAUAUGAAUAUAUUUUCAGCUGGCUGAUCAAAAUAUUUUUUUAAUUUUUUUUAACCAUUCAAGAUGUAUUUGUAUUUCCAGAUUGAAUACACAUUUUACUUAAAGUUCAAUUAGAACAUACUUGCAAGAAAAAGCAUUUAACUCUCUUUGACACUUCUAUGAAAAAAAAUAAGAGAAAAAAUAAGCAGUAGCAAACAUAUACUGUGUCCACUAACAUGGCCUUUGAAUUCUCAGAGCUAUGAAAAAAUGUCAGAAACUAAAUUGGUUUGAAGAGAUGUCAAAAAUUGUUAUAUCUCCAGUUGCUGUAGGCCUGACCUAUAAACAUUUAUCCUACUCCAGAAGAUUUAUCUUUUUGCUUAUCCCUUAGCAAGGCUAGACUGGAUUUAUAAACAAUACAUUGACAUAUUAUGAUUCUCUGUAACUGACUAUAAAAUUGGGUUAGAAAUAUCCAAAUAUAUAUUGUUAUAACUUUAAUUUUUACACUGUAGUGUAUGUUUUAAGUAACUGGCAGAAAAAGAAUUGGAAAUUCGUUUUCCAAUUUGACAAUGUUAUUGUAUUUUUUAAAAGUUUGUUUUUAAUAUGCAGUACCACAUAAAAUUACUUGUAUUCGGAAUAAAGUCCACUGAUGCAGUUGAAUGUCACUGUGCUUAUUAUGUUCAAAGGAACCCAUGUGAUUGGAAAAUAACCAGAAUCCAGAUAUAAUGUGAGAUGUGCCACAUUUCAUGCACAUUUUGAGUUUGUAUUGUUCCUUCAAAAUUGUGCUUGUAAAGAUGUAUAGAAUUCCUGAGUUUUAUAAUUUCUGUGUAUCUACUUGCUUUUUUUUCUUGGUAAAUAGCUUUUUAAAAAAUCUAAUAUAAAAGAAACCAGGUUUAUAUUUUGUUAGUGACCAACGAUUUGUUUCUAUGGAAAUUUGUAUAUUGUUGGCACAUGUCUUUUGUUUAGACUAUCAUGCAUGAAGGCCUGCAAUAAGUAGUAAAACGAAAAUUGCUUUUUCUUACAUGUUCAUUUUUUGAAAAGAUUGUGGUGCAAAGGCAUACUUAAGUAACCUUCUGGACUAUGGAAUGGAUAUAAAUGAAUGGCACUUUGAGUGUUAAUAAAGCUAAUAUUUAUUUCCACUGUUA